AUGACUGAUGGUACGAGUUUUGAUGUCAUCCAGCAAGAUACUAAUGACAGUACUGAAUCGUAUGACACUGCACUUUGGGGGUCUGAGACUGAUGAUACACAAUCCACAUCAGAAAGCCAACGGAAACUUCCCUUUGCAAUUGUGGGUCCUCUACUGCCUUCGGAAGGACAAGUGAUCAGUGAGGUUGCAGGAGGAGGCAUGGGGAUAGUACACAUUUCGGGUGCUGCCCAUAGUAGCAAGCUGAGCGGAAGCCCUCUAUUUGCCCGUACCGUCACCACAGCUGUGCCUCAUUGUGAAGCAGUCAUGGAGUACUUGGCAUCCCUGGGUGUCUCUCGAAUUGCCAACGUUUUCUUCAUCUCGGUGGCAUCCAGCACUUCCAUCGAAAUCAGUGGGCACCUUCAUCGUGCAGCCUCCAAACGCAAUAUUGACUUUUUGAGACUGGCUAUGGAACCAGGUUUACCGUCCGUCAUGCAAGCAAUGUCCCAACUAAAAGAGUCGGGGAUCAAGUAUGUGGUGGCGCUCCUGGCUCCUCAAGCGGUAGCUUCGGUGGCGAAAAUUGCCCUCCAGCAAGGAGUGAUUGGCAACUCGGGCUAUGUUUGGGACUUUUUUGGCCGCGCCGAACUCUUAAGCCCCAACUUUGGAUUGGAUCGGGCAUCACAAGCCGAUAUCGCCCAAGCCUUUCACGGGGUCUCUGUUUCUCUGGGAGCGGUACCACCCAGCCCCAAUUUCAAUCAAGUCUAUCAACAAUUCACGUCCUCACCCACAGAACAAGAGCAAUUCUUGUCGAGCGUACCACCUGCCGACCGCCAGUAUUUCCAAAAUUACACGUUUCAACCCACACACUCGGUUCAUCCCCUCCAUCUCAUGUCCUACGAUGCUGUCAUUGCGGCUGGAUUGGCUGCCUGUCAUACCCCAGGACAGUUCAAUGGCACCCAGCUUCAUCGCCAAAUCAUUUACAAUACAACCUUUGAAGGACUGAGUGGUCAUAUUCAUUUUGACCCAGUGACUGGAACUCGUCCCACAGCUCCAUUUGCUAUCAAGAACUUGGUGUUGAGUGAUUCGCGAUCGGACAAUGCGACUCUGCGGUUCGAUGUGCGAACUACCGCCGUCGUGGUGGGAACACAAAUCAAUGCCAUGGAUCCGUUCAUUUACCACGACAAUUCGACAACACCACCUGCGGAUAAGCCCCCUCUGGAAGGGUUUGACUACAAUCUUCGACCCGUUGGUGUCCAAAUAUUUGGAAUGAUAAUCUCGAUAUCGAUGGGACUGAUGGUUUGGACCAUUUGGAAUCGUCGCAAGUUUGUCAUUUCGGCAGCUCAGCCUGUGUUUUUGCUCCAGUUGUGCAUUGGCACCAUCACCAUGGCAUGUGCCAUCAUUCCGGCAACCUUUCAAAGUGAGACUCCCAGUUCUGGCAUGGACGCGGCGUGUAUGAGCUUUGUGUGGCUAUUCGCAUUGGGAUGGAUGACAUCCAUAUCGGCAAUCCUUUCCAAGACGUGGCGACUGGGGCAGCUCAUGGAUGGAUCACAGGGAAUGCGACGCCUCAAGGUUGAACCAAUGGAUGUUGCCAAGCCAUUCUUUAUGCUGCUAGUGUGGAACGUGGCCCUCUUGACAGCCUGGACCAUUGUGUCUCCCUUGAAGUACAUUCGAACUGUUGUAGAGCAUAAUGUUGAUCAAUAUGGCCGCCACCUCGAGUCCCACGCAAGGUGCCAACGCACCGACAAUUGGGCGCUUUUGUUUGCCAGCCUAAUCGCGGCUGCGAGUUUGGUGGGCAUUGCCUUUGCUUCCUUUCAGUUGUACAAGGUUCGGAACCUUUCCACGUACUUUUCGGAAACGACUUCCCUCCUGUGGAGCAUGGCCAGCCUUGUGGAAUCUGGGGUCCUCUUUAUCCCAUUGCUGAUUGCCCUGCAUGACAACUCUUCCGCGUACUACAUUGGCAUCUCGGCGUUGAUCACGUUGACCAGUCUUAGCUUCUUGGUGCCAAUCUUCUGGAACAAGCUUCAACACCGGAACGCCCAGUACAGCGACGCCAAGGAGGACGAGAGGCGAGUGCAAGAGCAAACGUUCAUGGUCAUUGCGUUGGAGUCCAAUCCCAAUGGCUAUGAUAGCGAUGGCGGCUCCUCUACUGCAGGGAGUAUGAGACUCAAACGGCACAACAGUUCAGGUCGAAUGGGUAGUUCGAAGAGUACCUUUUCGUUCGGCCGAAGCAACAGGAACAAGAGAAAGGGAGGUGGCCUUGGCAGUGCGUUUGGCCCUAGCAGUACUGCAACAAAUACCAGCUUGAAGGCUUCGAAUCACUAA